AUGCAGGAAAAGAAAAUCCUGUACCGGGACAAGCGCGACGCUUUCGCAGCUGAUAACGGAGCCCUCGUAGAGCUAGAUCAUUGGAAGAAGAAGGAUCCGACCUACCGCUACAGUAAACUGAAGGGCCUGAUAUCAGAUGAGCGGCUUGCAGAUCAGACCACCGAAGCCUCUCUCAAACCUUUUACCAGGGGUGAUAGCUACUUCUCUGAGUUUGCCUUGCAUAACAAACAGGAGUUCAUCUUAUCCGAAUCCGAUUACUCGUAUAUUGUCGGAAACCUAGCGAGCUAUGACAAGCGCCAGUAUCCCGCCUGGUUGGAUCCGAAAUACAGCAAAUGUACCCCCGAAGGACAAGGCUUCGGCCACUGUCUCGUCAUCCCAAAGAAACGCAUUCACAACAUUGUAGAUCCCGAAGCGGUCGCCAACAAAUGUGCUAUCAUCAACGAGCUCAGAAACCACUUUACAGGAUUCUGGGGGACGCAAAACGGCCGCAAGAAACUUCUAGAUCGCACUUUUUCCAUCUUCGACGGUCAAAACGCCAUACUACGUACAAAGGAUUCUUUGCAAGCCAAGAAGCUGGUUGCUGACGUGAUAUCUACCUACAACUUGUUGGCUCCUCAAUUCAAGCAACUCCAGGCAGAAGACUUCAUGUGUGCAUUCCAUCCGGCUCCGGACAUCUCUGUUGGACAUUUACAUUUGCACGUUUUCCCCAAAGCGGAGCUUUUCCGGGAGUUUUCAGCGAUGCGGCAUGAAUGGAAAACAAUUCCUUUCGAUGCGGUGACUCAGGUCGAAAGUGAACACCCACUGGCCCUCGAUCAGUUGCCAAAGGGAUGA